UCGUGCCCGGAAUGAAUCAGCCGGGCGGCUGCUGGAGUCCAAAGGGAGGCAGGCCCCGCCCCCGGAACCAGGGAUGCCGCCGGCCUUAAAGCGACAAUACCACGGUGGCGCUAGGGACAGCACUUAAAGGGCAGUGCGGCCUCUCCUCUGUUUUUAGACAAACCAGAGACAGACUCCCUAGAGUAGCUGACAGGUUUCUCACAAGACUCAAGCACCAGGAAUCUCACCCUACAAGUGACAGGGAUUCAGGAGAGAAACAAAACCCACAAAACCAGUGGGAAAACCCUAAGGUGGAUCCCCAGAGAAGUUCAGCUGAGAUUUAUGCACUCUUCCUGCUCGCUUCCGCACGCUCGGUCUGUCUGUCUUUCUGUCUCUCUGUCUCUCUCUGUCUCUCUCUCUCUGUCUCUCUCUGUCUGUCUGUCUCUCUCUCUCUCUUUCUCUCUCUCUCAUUUCUCUUCCUCCUUUCUCCUCACCCUUUUCUCCCUCUCCCACUCUCACUCCCCUGGUCCUAAGAAUAGUGUUGGGAGUCUCCUUGGCACCCUCAAUCCCCCCCCCAACUCCCCCUCCCGCAUGCCUAUGGACUGCAUCUUUUCUGUGCCUCUUCCCCUGGCCGUAGAGGGGCGCUGGGAGCCGCCCGGGGUUCGCAAGGCUAUUGGUUGCAUCUUUUCUGCGCUCUUUACCCCGGCCGCAGGGGGCGCUGGGAGCCAGCUCGAGGCUGCUCGCUGAUUGGCUCCUCCAGAAAGAGGCAAUGUUUGGAUGCUGAAGUUGGACUCUGAAGGCUACUUUGGAAUGAAAAAGCAUGGAUGCCAGCAGUGACUACCAUUUCCUCAACCAGAUUUUGUGGAGAAGGGUGAAGCUCACACUGGUGUCUGGCAUCUUUGAGGGCGUGCUCCAGCAUGUGGAUCCUAACAAGAUUGUUGUCCUGAAAAACGUGAAGAACAUAGAGUCAGGCCGAAGUGUCCCAGGAGUGAAAAUGUUUUUCGGGCAUGAGAUUUUGAAUGUGGAACUAAUGGAUGAAGCAGAAGGUGCAUCGGGAGAAAAGGUGAACUCUGUUAGCAUAAAUACAGAACGAGCUGGAAUGGAGAAAAUGAAAAAGGAAGACUUAAAUGUAUGUGAGCCUGCCUCACCUGCACCAGAGGUGCCAACCAGCUCUCUCCUCAGUGACCUCAAGUACUGCCCAUCAGAGGAAGAGGAGGUGACGUAUACGGUCAUUGAUCAGUUCCAGCAGAAGUUUGGUGCUGCGAUGCUCCACAUUAAGAAGCAGAGUGUCCUGAGUGUCGCUGCUGAAGGAGCUAAUGUGUGUCGCCAUGGGAAACUCUGUUGGCUUCAGGUAGCCACAAACAGCCGAGUUUACUUGUUUGAUAUUUUCCUUCUGGGAAGCCGUGCUUUCAACAAUGGACUUCAGAUGAUCUUAGAAGACAAGAGAAUCUUAAAGGUUAUCCACGAUUGUCGCUGGCUGUCUGAUUGCCUGUCUCAUCAGUAUGGAAUCAUGCUGAGCAAUGUCUUUGACACACAGGUAGCCGAUGUCCUUCAGUUUUCUAUGGAAACGGGUGGCUUUCUUCCAAACUGUAUCAGUACUUUGCAGGAGUGUUUAAUCAGACACCUUAAAGUUGCCCCCAAAUACCUUUUGUUUUUAGAAGAGAGACAGAAACAGAUUCAGGAAAAUCCAGAAGUAUGGCUGACAAGACCCCUUCCACCCUCUUUAUUGAAAAUCUUGGCCCUGGAAACAGCCUACCUGCUUCCCCUUCGGCUGGUGCUCCUGGAUGAGGUGAUGUCAGAUUUGACCACACUGGUGGAUGCGUACCUGAACACCUACCGGGAUGGGUCUGCAGACCGGCUUGCCGGCACAGAGCCUGCGUGUAUGGAGCUGCCUGCAGAGCUUCUUCAACUCCAGGACUUCCAGAAGCAGCGCAGAGAGAGAGCUGCAAAGGAGUACAGAGUGAACGCACAGGGCCUCCUCAUAAGGACGCUGCUACACCCAAAGGAGCCAGGGGCUCGCACAGUGGGGAAAGAGGAGCACAUCCAGGGUUUCUUAUUUUGUAAGACGUCUGGUGUAGACCGGGUUCCUCGCUUUAUAUGUCACGACUCUCAUAAGGAUGAGAAUUAUUUGGAUAAAGAGUCUAAACAAACCACAGAAAAGUCACAAAUCGUACCUCCCUGGAAGGAAGGCGAAAAGAGCAAACCAGUGUGUGGGGAGCCAGCUGGGUCAGAAGACCCGAGAGCCCAGUCCCUGCCUCCCAGACAGGCAUUUCAGUCACAGUUUUCUUUAAAAGAGGAGAUAGAACAGUUGCUGUUGGUGGAAAAUAAAGGAGCUUUAACAAGCUCAAAUGAAGACACUCUGGUGUCGCCUUCUCUUUCUCAGGAAGCCUGGGAAGCACCAAGUGAAAGCUCCCAUCUUCCCGAAAAUGCUGUGGUUUCUGCACUUCCACCCUGUCCAGCCCUGGAGAAGACAGAUUCAUGGAUAAGUCCGUCUCUAAAUCUGUUUUAGGAUUGUCACUGAGGCCAGAGUCCCUGUGAGUUUCUCAUGGGGUCAGUUGGUUAGGUCUCAGCCACAGGCUUCAGGGGAAAAUGGUGGCCUUAGGCUUAGUGCUGAAGCCCGCUGUCUGGAUCAGGAGGGUCCUAAGAGCAGCAAUGGGUGAGGUCAUUCCGACUGUGUGAGGAAAUAGUCCCGGUAGCUGAUACGGACUUCUCAUCUUUAGGUUUAGAGGAUUUAAAGCGAAGCUCGGCUCAGCGCCUGGAAGGAUCUGGUUUAGGAAUGUUGCAGGGCAGCUCUUGUGGUGGCAGAGAGCUGGGCGGCUACACACACCACCAGUUCAGCACCAGCAGACAGAAGGUGUAUGCUUUUAUUUGUUUGGGUUUGUUCUGUUUUACCUUUAGAUUGAAGUAGAUCUAAAAACCCCUUACAUACAGGUUAGAAAUGUAUUUUGUUGACUUCACAAGUACCGCUCUUCCUUAAGACCUUAUUUGAGGGCUGGAGAGAUGGCUCAGUGGUUAAGAACACUGACUACUCUUCCAAAGGUCGUGAGUUCAAAUCCCAGCAACCACAUGGUGGCUCACAACCAUCUGUAAUGAGACCUGAUACCCUCUUCUGGUGUCUCUGAGGACAGCUACAGUGUACACAGUAUAUAUAUAUAAAAUAUAAUAAAUAAAUAAAUCUUUAAAAAAAAGACCUUGGGGUUGGGGAUUUAGCUCAGUGGUAGAGCAUUUGCCUAGCAAGCUCAAGGCCCUGGGUUUGGUCCCCAGCUCUGAAAAAAAAAAAAAAAAACCUUAUUUGAACUGUGCACUUUUGCACAUCACAUCAGGGGCAGAGAACAGGUGAUGUCACUGUGGGGGCAUUCCCCCAACUUCCUUUAUAUUUCAUUCAUCUUAAGAGAGCAGAGUGCUAGCUUCUUUGUUGUUAUUUCCUUCUGGUAAAUGUAAAAUUUGAGUUCAUUG